UUGAUGGAGAAGUGGGCGGAUGACAGCCGGGACUGUGGUCAUCACUGGGGGCAUCUUGGCAACUGUGAUUCUGCUCUGUAUCAUCGCUGUCCUGUGCUACUGUCGGCUUCAGUAUUACUGCUGCAAGAAGGACGAAUCUGAGGAGGACGAGGAGGAGCCCGACUUUGCUGUGCACUCUCACCUGCCGCCCCUGCAUUCCAACCGCAACCUCGUGUUGACCAACGGGCCUGCUCUCUACCCAGCUGCCACCACCUCUUUCAGCCAAAAGUCCCCACAGGCCCGUGCCCUCUGCCGCAGCUGCUCCCACUACGAGCCGCCCACCUUCUUCCUGCAGGAGCCAGAGGACGACGACUUUGAGGGCAUACGCAACGGUGGGGGCCGUGUGGCCUACAAAAGCAUCAGCCAGGAAGAUGUGGAGCUGCCGUCUGCGAGCUUCGGAGGCCUGCAGGCUCUCAACCCCAACCGCCUCUCUGCCAUGCGGGAGGCCUUUUCCCGAAGCCGUAGCGUAAGCACUGACGUGUGACAGGCCCUAUCUGGCUGAGGCACCCAGCCCUGGGUCCUGAGAUCAUGACAGGAUACCCACAGCACACCCUGGCCCCAUCUCCAGACCUCUACUCAACCAGUCUUCCCUGUAUCCUUGUCCUAGGGGCUCCAGGAAUGAGGAACCCCUGGGCCCUCUACAAGGAUAGAGCCCAAUGAAACAGAUGUGGCAGUUUUAAGUAGGGUCAGCUGUCACAAGAAGGGAGGCAGGGGACAGGAGGGGAAGGUGAGGCUGCGUUGGGGCCCAGGGGGCAGGUCCUAUUUCCAGGAAGUAAGAAGAUGGAUAAUGUCAACCCCAGCAACUUGUCUGUCUCUGACUUCGUGGUCUUCCUGUCAGCCCCUCACCAAGGCCUUGGGCUUCCUCCUGCUUCCGGGAGCAGUGCCCUCACUGCUUGCCGGUGGCUCUACAAGCAUGAACCUUCCUUAGAGACUGUGGACCAAGUAAUUAUUCUGCCCCUUCGCCUGUCUCCCCUUUCCCAUCCUCUCCACCCUCUCCUCUUUCCUUCCCCCAGCCCCUCCUCCUCACGCCCCUGAACCCAGACACCUAGCAUCUGCCCCAAGCUUGAGAUGCCCAUUGCUCUGGUCUCCCUCAAGAUGGACGAGUGUCCCUGUAAGCGAGGAGAGUUUAGGAGUCAUUGGUGUACUUGGACGCUUGCUCUGUCUGAUCUGCUUUAUGUUGAAAGAAGAGGCAUAGGCCCAGAGGUCCCUGCUCUGAGAGGGGUGACACUAAAAUGUACACAUCCAGCACUUAGCCCUAAACCCAGACAAGUGACAGACACAUCCAUCUAGGUCCAGGAAGCGGUGGAGGGGCCCAGCCAUGCACCAGAGGUCUCGGGUGUCAACCGGCUGUGACUCUUGGGCAGGCCAUCUCAUCCAUGGGCUUGCUUCCCCACUUUGCAUGUACUUUGGGGGAGACUGGCUGCAGAAAGCCCUUUGAACUCUGGUCCUCAGUGGGUACUGAGGUCCUUAGGGGAAGCUAAGCUAUAGACCAUCCACUUUCUGUUUCCUGCUCAGAAUAAGGAACCCCAGGCCCAGCCAGCUAGAGCUUGGUGUCCCUGUAUGAAAGUCCUGUCUCUGUCCAUGAUGCUCCGAGCCCUCAACUGUCUGAGAAAUCUGUGUCAGGUGACCAAGAUACUCCAAGGCCAGGGCCCUAGCCAUCAGGAACACAGAGACAAUUCUUGGCAGCAUAACUCAACUUCCUCUCCGCUCGGGCCCUCCUUCAGCCCCAGGCCCUGCCUUGGAGUUCCAGACGGGAACAAGUGUCCCUGUGAAGGUGCCUUCCUGUAGGACAGUGGCCACCCCUAAGCCAGAUACCACAGCAGAGACCUCUACACUUAUUACAGGCAGCUGAACCACGCUAGUGAGGAUCUGCUUGCUGUCUUUGGCAUUCUGAAUUCCUUCUCCUUUUCUUUUUCCUGCCUCAGUUUGACCUCGCUAGUGGAACCCACCCUUAGAAUCACAGACGUCCCCAGAAGUGAAAGAAGUCCCCCUACUUCUUUCCCCUCUACGUCCUCUGUUCCGUUCACCCUGUGGCAUUUGUCCUUUGCAUUGCUUGGGGUAUGGGUGAGGUAGGGAGGGGUGCUCUGGGCUGUUCUGUCUUCGCCUCCUAUUCUCCC